AUGGCCACCAAACUUGUGGUUCGUAUCUCUUCCCCUCUUCUGUCUUUCGAAAAGUAUUUUUGUCGUUAGGUCGAUUCUUUAAUUUCGCUAUUAUCUUUGGGACUUAUCGUCCAGGUUCUAGGAAUCCCAUGGGAUGUAGAGACGGAAGGCCUGAGGCAGUACAUGAGCAAAUUUGGGGAAUUAGAUGAUUGCAUUGUGAUGAAGGUAUUAUUUCUUUUCUAACGAUUCUAGCUAAGUUCAUUCUUCUUCCUUUUUUUUCAUUGUUUCACGGCCUCUCUUUUGUUUACGUGAAGCAUAGUGUUUUUUCUGAUUUCUCCUUCUAUAGACAUGUAUAUGUAAUUGGCUGCUUUACAUUUUUGCUGAUUUAUUUUCCCUUCUUUUGUGGAUGUUGUUAUGCGUGGCUUGAUGCUUUUCAGAUCCUGUCUUUUGUUUUUUUGGGAAUACGGAUGAUAAGAUGUACUUUUAUGGAUAGCCUCAGACAGCCCAUGCUGAGAAGAGAAUCGUGGAGCUAAUAAAGCACAGUCUUAGAUGACUCCUCAUGAGCACGGUCUUAGAUCCUGUCUUUUGCUUUUCCUCUUGUUUGACUUAUGCAGACAAAGCUUCGGCAUCUUAAAGGCAGGAUGUUGUAUUCCAGUUGUAAAAAUCUCCCCGCAUUUUCGCCUCAUGUUUUUUAACUUUUCAUCUUCUGUGACCCAAAAAUACUAUCCUAUUUUUUCCUAGAUUUAGCAACUCUGCUCUGUCUUUCCUAGAGUCUAUCAGUGGGGAUUCACUUAGAUUCGGGUUUGGUGUAUCAACUUUCAGCUAAGAGGAUAGUCGGUCACUGGUCGUUCGACUUGCUGAGUCCAUCUAGUCACUUGGUUCCGAUCGUGACUCUUUCACCCUAUAUCAUAUCAUCGUACCCCAGUGGCUGAUUAAAUAUAGUGCCUGAACCAUUUCUUAUCAGAUUAAAACUAAGAGCUCGCAGGCAUAUUUUUCUCUUCUUUACGUUGAUGAACCCCAACCGCCACUUAGGCUUUAAUAACUUUCAGUCGCCUCUGAAAGGGCUCACUGCAACCAGUCGUAAGGCUAGUCUGAAGCGAACAUUUAAUUUUUCGAAAUUAUUUUGGUGACCUUGUUUGAUCAAAAUGCAGUCUAGUGUAUCAAAGUUCCUGUUUAUCUCCAAAAGACCUCUCUUAUGUAUUUUCUGUAUGAGUCAUUGGGAUUCUUACACAUACCGAGGAGUUGGGGUUAAGAUAAACUGAGUAGGCGUACAUCAACUUGCUAAAGUAGAGCUGAAACAGAGAAAACUCACUUGGAAAUAUAAAUAUGCUCAUCUUAAACUUUCUACCUGUCAGGUAAGAUGAGAAAGAUUCAAGAGUUCAAGUUCAUUACCUUUCUCUAUGUAGUCUCUAACAUGAUUGCUAAGUUGAUUUUCUUCUGUCCUUGUAUUGAUCCCUAAAUGGUGAAUUAAUGAACGAAUCAUAGUUACGAGAUAACUUUAGGUGGCUAAGUGCAUUCAUGCUGGAGAUUUAAUGAUUUAUCUAUGAAACUAGACUUUAAAUAUAUAUAUAUAUAUAUAUAUAUUGCGAACAGAUCUAUUCAUUUUAAACUACAUACGCCAUAGCCUUAUUGAAUGGUAGGUGGAGAAAAGGAAGUUAGACAUCAUUGCCGAUUUUUCAAUCAUGGUGAAUGGCUAACGAAGACUACAACUGGGUAAUUCUCUCUUUGUAUUAGUAAGAAAAAUUAUGAGUCGGAUCCAGGUGGCUGAAAGGGUGCUCAUCAAGUGAUCCAUGGUACGAUGGGCAUUAAUCAUUGAUAUAUUGAUGAUACUGUUCUCUAUUGCUGAGAUGGAAUGACUUUAGAUCCUGAUGGUUUUCUUCGUGGAUAGUGGGAUCAGGAUUAGCUUUGAAUAGCUCAUUGGCUGCAGCAUUUUGCGAGAGAAUUUCUAUUGUCCACCUGUCAUACCAAUCUUGAACCGUGCUUAAUGUCUGUACAAAUGCAUUGAAAACCUCAAAAGGUUCUGAAAAAAACAAACUUGAACUAAGUGUAUGCGUUAUUGAGGAAUCCUGUCACAUAAUAUAUGAAGACAUGAGUGCUUGCGACAUAAAUGAUACCCUACUGUCUUAGACUUAUCUGCAUCGAGAUUUCAUUUUGAUUUUAGGAGACUGUUUAUAGAUAUUUAUUGGAUGAAACUAUUUCCCAGUUUACUAGUAGUUUUAUAUUUAUUACGCUUGCUUUCACUGCUGAGUUUGUGUAUCAUCUCUAUUUUUUCCAUUAAUUUGCCUAAAAUUCAAGCAUAAUUUAUUUUCUGGUAUAACAGGAAAGGUCAACUGGACGUUCCCGUGGGUUUGGCUAUGUCACCUUUGCAUCAGCUGAGGAUGCGAAGGUAUCUCUGUCUGUCUGUCUCUCUCUUUCUCUCUCUCUCUCUCUCUCUCAACCUCUCUCUUCAUCAUUUUAUUUUUUACCUCAAUAUUUUACUUCCUCAUCAUUUCACAUAAGAAGUUAUCUUCACUUUCUAUUGGCUAUUCUCUGUGCCUGAUGGAUAUGCUCAUUUCUGUUCACUUUCUUCUUACUUAGAGUUUUACUUUUCAUUGAGUUAUUUGCUGAAAGUUGUCAAUUACCGUCUUUGGAUUAUUUGGCUCUUAAUUUUCUUUAAUAUGGUGUCAAACAAUGGCAGACCAUGUUUUGGUGACUAACUGCUGAGCACUAAUGAGGCUUACUUUAGACCUUGUAUGGUUAUACAUGUAUACAAUCCGGUAUUUGGACAUGUUACAUAAAAUUGGUUACCAAGUAGUAAAAUGUCUUGCAAAUAGUAUGGGCUGUUCAGAUGAAAUAAAGUAAAAAUGUAUCGUCUUGUGGUUAUCUUGAGAGGGGAGGAGCACAUAUAGGUCGUUGAGAUUCGCUGAUCACUAUGCACGAAAUCAGAUGAUUGCUAUCUUGUUGAGGGAACCGCCCAAUGAGAUACCCAUAUUAACAACAAAAUUUAGAUGCAGAUUGAUGGCCUAAUCUUUGAGUGGAUAUAUUGGAAUAAGAUUGAGGAUGUGCUCACUCGUUUUCAUGACUGAAUUGGUGCACGUAUUUGGGUCCUUUCCAGACGUUUUCUGUCAUAUCUGAAAUUAAGCUGCCACCUUUGAUGGAUUUUGUAUUAAUAUCGCUGGAAGAUUGAAUGCAAGUUGUGUAAUUAUAUUAAUACUGUCAUAUGUUGUGAUAACAUGUACUUUAACUUGACAUGAAUGCUUACCAAUAUGCAUAAAAAGUCCUACGGAUAAUUGACACUAUCUUUCUUCAUUAACUGUAAAUUUGUGAGGCAGUUACAUAGUUCUGCUAUCUUAAACCAGCCAAUAACCGUUAUCUUGUUUUAUCUGAUUUGGGGUUUUGCAUUGUUAAAAUCAUUGUUGCGGGCUUGUACAAUACUUAUGUGUGCGUACUUAUUAUGUUGCAUAAUUUUGCUACCUAUAUUCGAUUUCCUGAUGUAGUCUUGAAUUCAGCUGACACUAUCCUCUUGUAAUCCAGAAAGCCCUUGAGAGUGAACAUGUUCUGGGAAACAGAACUCUUGAGGUGAAAAUAGCUACCCCAAAGGUGGGAUAAAUUCGUCCUUUGCUGGUUUCCAGCGAUCAUUUUUAUGCUUCCCAUGAGUUAAGAUGCCACUAUCUUCAGGAAAAUGACCAACUUAUGUUACAGGAAGAAAUGAUGUCAUCUGCUUCGAAAAAGGCUACUCGGAUAUUUGUUGCCCGAAUUCCACCAUCUGUCACUGAGUCAACAUUCCAGAAGUAAGAUGGGUUCUUCAUCCAUUACGGGUGAAGAGUCAGUAAUAUGUGUUUACAGAUUUGUGCGUUUUAAAUGUGAUGGGAAGACUGAUGGCAACUUUUUGCAGUUACUUUGCAACAUAUGGUGAGAUUACUGAUGUAUAUAUGCCGAAGGUGAGACUUAAUAGCCUAAAUAUUAAGCUCUAUCACCAGACUGCUUUACCUUUUGUAUGUUGAUGCACUCUGGAAUGAAAUCUCACCUACGUCGUAAAAGCCAAUACUCUACAUUAUAAUUUCUCUAUUUUAUGGUUUAUGUAAUGUUCCUACUGAUGCCAUGAAUAUUUCUUCUCUUUCUUUGUUUCAAUUAUUUUUUGGGAUUCCUCGUUGUUUUAUUCAUGAUGCUCCACCCAUCCAAGGUGCAUGUCUGCAGGAUUGUCCCGAAUUAAAUGCUACAGAAAUCUUUCACUUUAUAGUUCAUAUUGAGGUGUAUAAUUUAACUUAUGGGUUUGAUUUAGGACCGUUUUUGGAAUUUCUAUUAUACAGUAAUUUUCAAAAGUUUGUUAUCUUGACAUAGAAUCUGCAAUUGGUGUACCACUCAAGGUACAUGGGGUUAAUAAUUGUGAUGAGGUUUAAACAUAUGGCAGUGGAUGUGUUGCAAACAACUAUGAAGGAUAUUCUUUGAAGUGGUUAGCCUUUUGGCGAGCUUUUUGUUCUUCUGUUGCUCUUUUUUCUCCUUUUUUUGUUUCUGAAACUGGCGAGCUCUCUCACUCUUUUUCAUCCUUUAUCAUUGUUAUUAUUUUGAAUUGCCUCAGUAUAUGCUUUGUAGACAAAGCUCGGUACCUGCUGUUGUCGUCUGUCGUCUGCAGAGUAUAUCUCCAUAGCCUAGGGGUGUUGCUUGUGGUGCCAAAAAAAAUAUAAUCCGUGCUCUCAUUCUCUUGUAGGAUUAAGGUGGAACGAUUAAUUCGACAAAAACUUUUCUAACUAGUUUUCACUGAUAAAAAAUACCGACGAUGGUUUCUUAGUAGAAAUGAUUUAACUUAUACUGAGAAGGGGAAAGAACUUGGAUGUUGUUGGAAAGAAGAAAAUCAUGAAAGUAUACAUACAAAGUUGCAUGCACAUCAUUAAACCUUGUGUGUUGGAUGCUAGUUCACCAUUUUUUGGUGUAACGUGGUAAUUUUUUCUAGUAGACAUAUGGGAUAGCAAUAUUUCAUUUACAGCACAAUACAAUGAGUCUGUAUUUUCUUUCCACCUAUGAGAGGCUAGAUUUAAUGCUUCCUAUAUUGAUUGCUGGCAUCCUUUUUGCAAUUAUUUGUUUUCAUGGCAAUCUUAGAUGUUUGAUUAUUGGCUGAAAUUUUUAGGAUCAAGGAUCAAAAGGUCAUCGAGGGAUUGGUUUUAUCACAUUCGAAAGUUCAGGUAUUGGUCAGAUCUAUCAUUGGUUUAUAAUGCUACACAAUGAGUCGAGAUGUUCAUUUGUUUUUGUUAGUUUGCUAUCAGUGUCUACAGCUAGUAUUUCUCUUCUUUUUCAGAAUGUUUAUAGCAUUGCAUGGGUUCUCCAAUGAUUUUGGGGGAUGAGAAAUCAACUAAGAGUGAGGAUGAGACAGAAAUUUUGUUUUUAAGUAAUCUGUUCCUUAUCUAGCCGCUUGGAGUCCCUUAAAAUUCUCAUGGAUAUCCUGAAAGAUUAUCAGAUUGCAUCUGGUCAAAGAAUCAAUAAAGAAAUAAGUAUUCUUCUGGUCAAAAACAUUUUUUUAUUUAUGUAUUGUGUUCAUUUGUAAACUUCUAUUUGAUUUAGCUCAACGGAAAUUCAUAAACUUUGCUAGUGUUGACCCUGAUAAAAGCGUUACUUUUACUGAUUCGCUAUUUUCUUUUGCUACCCAUGCACUCCACUUCUCCCUUCUUUCCUCAGGAAAAUUAUACUGAGUCAAAGGGUUGUGCACUGAGAAAUGAUGGCGCUCUAGAGAAAAUGUGUAUUGGUAAUGUAAAAGAAAUGCCAUGUUCUCUUUGUGGUCCAGGUUUUUUUUCGUAUAAUUAGCAGAGGUAGGUGAUGAUUUACCAAGGAAUAAUGGAAGGUAUCAGGAGAUAGGUGGGUAAACCUCGUAUCAAGGGCUCCGCCCUAAUCCAAAUUUUGUUGUCAGAUGACUUGAAAUCGCUUGAUAUCCUUUAAGAAAAUAUUUUGAAAGAAACUGGAAGGGGUUUGUAGCUAUAGAUGCUAAAUGUUGACGGAAGGAUUAAUUGUUAAUAGCAGUCCUUUAUUUCCCCAUUCAAUACCUGGGACUUCCAAACUUAGGGCAGUCUGCACAGCCAGAAGUUUCAAGAAGGAAAUCCUAAUGGGUGCAGUAAAACUGUGAUUGACCUGAAAUAAACAAGCUAUAGACCAUAUCCUGUGGUAUGGGGUUCACCAAUUAUGAAGUGAUAAAUUUAUGAAAAUGAUCAAAUGAUAAGAUUAAAUUCCCGUUUAAAAUGAUAGCUGAUGGUAUCAAUAUCUUAUACCUUGCCGUGAUUUCCAUGACAUAUACUUGCCCCAUCUUUCCACCAUUAUCGUUGAAACCAUGUGAGAUUGAUUUAUUUCUGGUUUAAGUUAGAGUUUAAAUUAAAAUUUCUUGAGCCUCAUUAUGAAUGUUGUUCACUUUGCCUGGUGAUUGGAGAAUGCCUAUUUCUAUAUCGUAUUUGAACACCUAUUUUCUAUUAUAGUUUGAUAAAUGGUCAUCUUGUUUCCUUUGAUAAAAUGGUGAUCCUUACAGCAUGAUAUUUCACUGUGUAAGCAUUGACUGUGUACAAGCACUGAUAUAACAGAAUUUCGCAGCGCCAUAGUCAAGCUGGUUUUUUCUAUUAAUUUGACAGCCAGAUGUGUACCUUUUGUUGUAUUCUGUGAAGCCAUUGUUAAACUACAUUAUUCUAGCUUUCUUGCUUACUGUAGCGCAUAUUCUUGCUAUGAUUCUCUGUGUUGAGAUCUUGGAUAUAAUGAUUUCUCUUGUGCUUUUCUUUUUUCAUAUUUACAAAAAUGCUUUAUCUUAUUUUCGAGCAGACUCUGUGGAUGCCUUAAUGGCAGACACUCACGAGUUAGGAGGUUCAACUGUAGUUGUUGAUCGGGCAACCCCCAAGGUGAUUUUCCUUCAUUUUCGUCAAUUUGCAUUGUGAAUACCUUUGGUGAUUCUCUUAGUUGAGGGCACUGGUUAGUAUAUUUAGAUGAUCCAUUGCCAACCAGCUUAAGGAUCCACCGAUCAACUCUACCAUGGUUUUUUCGGUUCAGAUAACUGGCUUAUUUCCCACUGAAGUAUGUUUCAAGUUGAUUGCCUUUAGAUGAUGCAUGGAUUGCAAACCCAAGUUUCUAACAUGUUCAGCAUGGCAUUUGUGUUUUAUCUUGCUAUCCUUGUCAUUGUUUCCCAGUGUUCAUCCCCAUUUAGAAACAUGGGAAAAUGAUGACGAGGUGUUUGCUAACAACAUUCUUGCUGCUUAUUUUCGUUUGUGUGAACUAACUAGCGGUUGGUCUGAUGGAUUCAGGAUGAGGAAGUGAGGCAACCAACCCGUUUCCCUCAGGGUGGUUAUGGUGCAUACAAUGCUUACAUGUCUGCAGCAACUCGAUACGCUGCACUGGGUGCUCCCACACUUUAUGACCAUCCUGGUCCUGCAUUUGGAAGUGGGUUCAGUAUGAAUUAUGUCUCUAUGUGAAUGCAGCACAGAAAUAUUUUCCAGAUAAUGCUGACUUGGUGGAGUAUUUUGUUUCACAGAGCCUAAUCGCGCAAGCAGCAAAAAGAUAUUCGUCGGUAGGCUUCCCCAGGAAGCAACUGUUGAGGAUUUACGCGAGUAUUUCAGUAGAUUUGGCCAUAUUAUAGAUGUUUAUGUUCCAAAGGUAAUGUGGAUGAUGUUUCUUUAUGCAUGAGGUCACAUCAGUUAUCUUACCGGGGAUUGUGUAUAACUCAGGAUCCUAAGAAGACGGGGCACAGGGGCUUUGGUUUCGUAACUUUUGCUGAAGAAGGUGUGGCAGAUCGAGUAUCGCGUAGAACUCAUGAGAUCCAUGGGCAAGAGGUACGUUUUGAGGUUUCUUGGUUGUCUCACAAAACUAUGCUCAUAUCCCCCCUGUUUCGACCUUUUGAAUAAUAGUGCAAAGUAUUAUCUACCUGUUUUGUUGGUAUAUUUGCCGCAUUUUUUUAAAAAAAUAAAAUCUAGCUGUGACUGUAUUAGUACAGUUCAGCAGUACAGUUCAGCAUCAGAUUAAGACCCAUAGACUGAAAAACCUAAUGGUGCUUCACGAAGUCAACUGCAACGUUUAGUGAUUCAGUUUGAGUUAGGUUCAGCUUUUCGGAGUCUUUACUCCAGCUGAAAGGCUUGAACUAUGCUACGUAUUCCAUUUUAAUGUAUGAAACAUGGGAGCUAUGAAGUCUACUAUGAAAACGAAGUGAAAAAUAUUGCGCUCUGACUCGGAGAUUUCUUGAAAAUAAAAAUUAUUAAAAACUUGAGAAUGUAGCCAUGAAUAUUUUCAAUGUCGAGGAAAAUAUUAUUUUAGGGAUUUUUCUUAGAAGAGACAUUCUUUUACUCUCCUCAUCUCCCUUAUAAAGGAAGAACAGGCCAAUAAGAAUGUAGCAGAGGCAUUGGUCGCAUAUGACAUGUGCCGUGCCAGAUAGUGACGGGCAGAGGUAAUAGCCAUUGGUGGCUGGCAGCUGUGGAUGUUCCCACUUCUUCCUUGGAGUGAAUAUUCGUUAAAUGCCACUCUUCAUCUCUAACUUUGUGCCUACUUUUCUUACGAUCCUUUUACUUCCUUUGAUGCUUAUAUAUGGAAUCGCCCUCUUGUUUUAUCUCUGUUUAGUCACCGUUAUUGCUAUGUUCUGACAUUUUCCAGGACAAUCAUACACCUAGAUUCAGUGCUCAAAUGAAUCAUACCUCUGUGCAAUGGCUCUUUUGAUGUCUAAGCUAUCUCUUCUCUCAUCAAAGUUUCUCAUCUCUAAUGAGAAAUCUUGCUUUCACAUCUCGUCUUUUGUUGGUCAACCUUUGUUAUCCCCCUAUCCUUCCAUACAGAACAAUAAUGAACACUCCACAGGGGGAUUGUCUGUACAACUUUCUUUAUAAUAUUGAGUGAAAGUUGACUCAGACAGACCCACAGACCAAACAGCUCUAUGUCAACGCUAAGGGUCUUGCCUCCAUUGAUAUUACCUGCCUACGGGUGUGCCAUCCCAAGUAGAGGAUAGAUUAUUUAAAAAGAGUGGGUCCUUCCUGCGACGCAAGGGAGAAUUGGCUUAUUGCUUGGUGAUAUAUCCAGUGAGCUUGCUGCUCAAUGCAUAUGAUAAUUUCACUGACUGAGAGAAUCUCAAACCAACGUCCUCUGGAAUGCACAUACUAGUGCUUGCUUCAACCGUUCUUUGAUCUUAGAGUAACAUCAAUGCACCCGUAUAAGUGUUGGUUUAACGCUGCAGCAUCUUCGUCUUGUGUGUUUUCUAGGUGGUGAUAGAUUCUGCGACACCGGUGGAUGAUCGUGGCAACGCCGGCGGGAGCUUCGCCAAUCCUGCCGAAGCAGCAUAUGGGGGAUUCAGUGGGCCUAUGCGUGCCUAUGGUCGGAUGUACGGGAGCCUUGAUUUCGAUGAUGUGAGUGGAUUACUGACCAUAUAUAAUCUUAUUUUCUUCAUCUAUAUAAAUCACUGUAAUGUGAUUUCUCCUCAAAAGAAUUUAACAUUAAAAUUCGUCGUUGACUUUUGUUCUUGGAUGGUUCUCUGUUCAGUGGGGCUACGGAGCUGUUGGAAGCAGCAAGACGACAUCAAGAAUGGAUUGGAGGUACAAGCCUUACUAG